GUUCCCGUGGCCCUCAACUCCCCAGAAGCAGUAUCACCCAAACUGUGAAAAUGAUGCAGCAGAAGAAGAGACCAGUGCAGCUCAGCAUUCCCCCACCAGAAGAGGAGAAUCUCUGGGUGAAAUGUAAAAACUGCAGUGCCUAUGGCCACAAUGCAAGGAGCAAGAAGUGUCCAAUCAAAUCUUGCCAGGGUUCCGUGAUUCUCAUGCCCUUGGGCCUCAAGAAAGAGAAAAUGAAGAACCAGAAAUCACUGAAUCGCCAGGAGUCAAGACCUUUGAACCAGGCUGUAGGUCACAAGGAACAGACAAGAUGGCUAGCAGAGCAACAGGGAAAGGCUGUGCUCCCACAAGUUCCCAGGAGUCCCCAGGAGGAGAAGGAGCAGCACAAUUGGCCAGAAGUGAUAGAGUCCUGUAACUACCUGAGGCAACCAACCAGACCAACCCUGUACCAUGGAAAAGGGAAGAGGUCCAUCCCAAAUCUGAUUCAAGAAAGCCAGUCUCUUGCCAACAAAGCAUAUAGGACACCCACACGUCCACUGGUGCCUCCCACCCAAGGACCUACUCUUGCAAUCUCACAAGGGUACAGUCCAGGUCAGCAGGGGGUGAUCCAGGGCAAGUCCCUGCUGGCAUCCAGAGAAGGCCAGCCCUUCUGCUAG